AUGAAGUUGACGGCCAAGGGUCAGAAUCGCAAGUUUGUUGCCUCAUCGACACAAGAUGGACCACAAAUUUUAAGCGAGAAAAUUGUCUCUUCGGAAGAAUGGCUGGACAACAUUGACGUCUUGAAAAGCGUGAUGGAGGCCUCGGGCUUACAGAAACGUGGGCACAAGACUGUAAAGGUCUGCGUCAUCGACACGGGAUUCGACCCGAAAGACAAGAAUCUACCCAAAAUCAAAGGCUACAAAGAUUUUGUGAAUCCAGAAGCCACCAGCAAGAGUGACAAUACUUGGCAUGGCACAACUUCAGCGAGCAUUAUUCUGUCGAUUUUUGACGGCUGUGAAUUAUAUGUCGCCAGAGUGUUUCAAUCCGAUGACACUGACGACAGGACGGAACCGGAACUGAUGGCCCAGGCCAUAGAAUGGUCGAUUACACCCGAAGUUGAUGUCGAUAUCAUCAGUAUAUCUGCAGGCUUCUUGUACCACUCACCCAAGCUGCAGGAUGCUGUACAGAAGGCCAGCGCCGCUAACAAACUCAUAUUUGCCGCUGCAUCUAACUGGGGCAACCUGGGUCCCGUGGCAUUCCCGGCGCGCCACGACCUGUACACAAUAUGCGUCUUCUCUACCGACACAUACAAUCGAGCCUCUAAAUUCAACCCAGAACGAAGACCGGAUGCACACAAUUUCGCCAUACUUGGGGAAGACUUUGAGCACCCUCGCGAUGGAAAGCAGCGGGUGUCUGGAACUAGCGCCUCCACGGCGGCAGCGGCAGGCCUCGCGGCUCUCAUUAUUGACUUUUCGCGACAACCUGACAAUGUCGGGGCAAUAGUGAGGGUGGGAGAUGUCAGUAAAAUGGUCGGAAUGAUUGCCAUAUUCAAUUUCAUGUCAGUACGGGCCGGCGAAUUCAAAUGCAUCAUGCCACAGAAAUUGCUUCCGGUCCAUCAUCGUGAUGGGACUAGGCAAGAGAACAGAGCUUAUGUGCGAGAGAGUCUGAAGAGGGCAAUGGAACAGGCCAAUUAA